AUGCGCCUCUCCUCCACGACCUCUUCCUCCGCAGAAGAACCUUCCAAAUCCACCGUAGACCCAACAGAAGUAUCCCACUUCAAUGCGCUCGCCUCCAGUUGGUGGGACCCCGUCGGCCCCUCGCGCCUCCUCCACCUCAUGAACCCCCUCCGACACAAUUUCAUAUCACGUUGCCGCUCUGCGUCUCCCUCCGCUUCCCCCACCAGCAACCUCCGCUACCUAGACAUCGGCUGUGGCGGUGGAAUCUUCGCCGAAUCAGCAGCGCGUCUUCCACACACCGCAUCCGUAACCGCCAUCGACCCAACGCCCGAAGUACUCAAGAUCGCUGAGGCGCAUAAGAGGAGGGAUCCUACGCUUGCUGCGCCGGGAAAGCUGACGUAUAUAAACACAUCGAUUGAGGAUCUAUCGCAGCCUAGGAUGCUGGAGGAAGGCUACGACGUCGUGAGCUUGUUCGAGGUGCUGGAGCACGUCAAUGCGCCAGGUCCUUUCCUAGAGCAUAUCGUGCCGCAUGUGAAACCUGGAGGGUGGCUGGUGUUGAGCACGAUCGCGCGGACGUGGACGAGUUGGAUAGUGACGAAUGUCAUGGCGGAGGAUGUGCUUGGGAUUGUGCCGAAGGGGACGCACGAUUGGGGAAAGUAUGUUAACGAGGCGGAAUUGAGGAAUUGGUUUUAUGGGAAGCCGGGAUGGGGAGAGAUGAAGACAAUGGGCGUGAUUUAUGUGCCUGGGUUUGGGUGGAAAGAAGUUACGGGGAGUGAGGGCUGGGGUAAUUACUUCUUCGCUGUGAGGAGGGUAGAGUAA